AUGAUCCAUGCGGCGGCUGCUCAUUUUCUGUGGCCGAUUGCGGUCCGUCCCCCUCCGGUAGACCCCCUCCCCCCUCAGGGUCCCGCUCCUUCAGCCGGUUGCUGUCACUCUGGUGCUGCUGGGGGUGGUGCUGCUAGGGGUGCUGCGUCUGGGGGUGCUGAGCCUGAGGGUGCGGAGCCUGGGGGUGCUGAGCGUGAGCGUGCAGAGCUUGGGGGUGCUGAGCCUGCGCGUGCGGAGCCUAGGGGUGCUGAGCUUCAGGUGCUGAGACAGAGCAUGCGGAGCCUGGGGGUGCUGAGUCUGCUGGUGCGGAGCCUGGUGUUGCUGAGUCUACGGGUGCUGCGCCUAGGGGUACUGCUUCUCCACUCCGGGAGCCUCUCUCGCCGCGCGAGUGGUACGCUCAGCAGCUCCGCCUUCGGAGUGUCGCUGCUGGAGCUGCUAGUCCUAGAGGUUCUGGAGGUACUGUUGGAGAUGCUGGAGGUACUGGAGGAGCUGGAGCUGUUACUGGAGGAGCUGGAGCUGGAGGUGCUCGUACUGGAGGUACUGGAGCUGCCGGAGCUGGUGGUGCUGCCAGUACUGGUGGUGCUGGUGGUGCUGGCACUGCUGGUCCCGGAGGUGCUCGUACUGGAGGUACUGGAGGUGCUCUCUCACCACAGCAGCUGCGCGAGUGGUACGCUCAGCGCUACCGCCUUCGGAGUGGCGCUGCUGGAGCUGGAGGUGUUGCGACUGGAGACGGUGGAGCUGGAGGCGCUGGGGCUGGCAGCCCUGGAGCUGGAGCUCGCGGCCCUGGAGCUGGAGGAGCUGGUCCUGGAGGUGCUAGUACUGGAGGUACUGGAGUUGCCGGAGCUGGUGGUGCUACUGGUGCUGGAGGUGCUGGUGGUACUGGCACUGCUGGUCCCGGAGGUGCUCGUCCUGGAGGUGCUGGAGCUGCCGGAGCUGGUGGUGCUGCGGGCUCUGGAGCUGGAGGCGCUGGCGCUAGAGGCUCUUGAGCUGGAGGCGCUAGAGCUGGAGGUGCUGGCGCUGGAGGUUCUGGAGCUGCUGGAGGCGCUGGAGCUGCUGGUACUCGUACUGGAGGUUCUUAGCCUUCCGUCUUCUACUGGCCUCCCGUUACAACCAAGCUCCUCACUGCCUGCUCCUUCUCCUUACACUGAGCAGGCAUACUCGCUUACAGAGCUUCGUGAGCCUGCGUCUCAUGCCGCCUCGCCUGUUCGCGCAAUUUGCACUGGUUGCCGUGUUCCUCGUCAGCGUCCUCCUCCUGUCCCUGGCACUCAUUCUAUGACACUUUGUCCUUCCUCUGUUCCACAGCGUGUCCCUCUGCCGUCUCCUCCUGAGUCCUCUCUUCCGCACAUUCCGGCCACUGCGUCUGACCUGGUUCAUGUUGCCAGCCCUACUGUCAUGCGUCUCCUAGCCACUGUUGUCACCGAUCCUUCGUUUGAGUCCACUGCUACGUCUGCCUUAGUCGCUGAGCUUGUUGACUUUGCUGUUGCCUGUCGUCUCGACUACGCCGCUAGCCUUGUUGCUGAGUCUGAGUCCGUCUGUCCUUCGUCCAACGAGGCCUUGAGGAGAGGCAGGAGGACUUUGAGUGUCUUGCGGCUGCUGUACCUCAUCUCGUGGCCAUGCUGCUCGCACCUAAGGGAGAACCGGAUGCACUGGGCAUCCCGACCCCGUGCUCUUAUGCAGACGUGA